AUCUCAAGAUGCUGUUCCAUCUACUUCUGAUUUCAACCUGUUCUCUGUUCGUAGGGGAAGCAGACGGCCGAGUUACCUGGAAUCGAACCACGUUGGAGUCAUUCCAAGCUGAAGUCGAACUUAUGUGGAAUCGAACCGACUUGACUCUGGGUUCGCAAGACUGCCCCGGAGGCUACACCCUCGUGGGCACCAAAUGUCUCAUGUUCGUGACCUUCGCUGCUGAACCCUAUCAGGAAGCGAGAUUUUUCUGCCAUACUGUCAGAGGGGAAUUGGCUGCUAUCACCACGGCCACAGACUUGAAGAUUUUAGUCGAUUACAUCCAUGCCAACGGUUUCUUCGGCCGAACUUUCUGGCUGGACGGAACAUUGGUAGAAGACUACAUUUGGCUAACUUCGUCAGGAAAAUUCGUGCCCAUGUCAACCCCCUUCUGGGGCACUUUUGAAUACACCCAGCUACCUGAUAACGUCGAUUGGAAUGAAUACUGUUUAUCCCUUUCGUCGGAUUAUUUUUUCUAUUUCAAUGACCUCCCUUGCUAUACCACAACAAACUUCAUAUGCGAAGCCACCAUCCAGAAUGAGGCCGCGAGCGCAGCGCUGGCUCCCUUCGGCCCGUCGGCGGUGGGCGGCCGCGUUGCGUGCCCCAUGCUCUUCGUGGAGGUGGGAGGCCUGUGCAUGAUGUUCGUCACGUGGGCAGAGGAGACCUGGUACGAGGCUUGGCAGACGUGUGCGGGAGCCUCCAGCGACCUCCUGGCCAUCACCGAUAUUGAAGUGUUGCGAGCUCUGUACAUCUUCAUAGAAGGAAAUAAUUUUUAUGAGCACACCUUCUGGCUUGGAGGAUCCGAUAUAGAGAACGAAUGGACAUGGGUCUAUACCACCGGGGAGCCUGUGCCCAUGGGCACCCCUUUCUGGGGUCUUACUGACAUGAGUGCUCCGUCCCAGGAACCCAACGGAGGAACCAGCGAGAACUGCCUCGCGAUCGGUGGUUUUUACAAUUUCAGGGAUUAUUCAUGCGGUUCAAGGUUCAACCCACUGUGUGUCUAUACGGGAUGAACAAAUGGCAUGAGAUCUACAAGAAAAUUUGCAUUUUACAUUUGUUUAGCAAGCAUUCUUUCGAUAUAUUAGUAAUGAGCAAAAGGUGCAAUUAUAUAUACUUUUCUCUAUUUCCUUUUUGUCUCUUGCCAGUUCAACACACACACAAUUCAUGUAACAUAUAACAGUAUGCCUUAUAGUUAACAGAUGGAGUUAAACAAACAUACAGCUAUAUUGAGACAAGUGGUUUCUUUUAUGAUUCCAAUAAAUUUGCUUCUCGACUUUA